AAAGUUUUUGGAGAAAUGGGUCGUGCAUGUGAAAGGAAACUUCCUUAACCUCAGCAAAGUUAAAUUAAGAUAACUGGGAUUGAAUAAAACUUCUUUUUUAUAAAGCAAUUUCAUUCCACAUCAAUUAAAGACUAAAGUGAUCAUUAUAUUUGUUUCAACAUAAACAAUGGUUUUGAAUUCAUUGAGCAAAUUGAAGUUAAAAAAGACCAAUAGCGAGGAAGGCAAGGAGGAUGAACCUGUAACGAGCCAAUCAACUGAUGACGUGGACGAAAUUGAUUCAGAAAAUCAAUCGAUUCUUUUGGGUAUUAUCUCUCAAUUGAGGCCUGGGUGUGACCUCACGAAGAUCACCCUCCCAACAUUCAUUUUAGAAAAAAAAUCCAUGUUGGAAAGAAUAACUAAUGCUUUCUUCACUCCUCAAAUACUUUUGGAAGCAAAUGAUACCGAAGAUGAUGUUGAAAGAUUUUUGCUUAUAGUUAAAUGGUAUUUGUCAUGUUGGCACAUUGCUCCUAAGGCUGUGAAGAAGCCUUUGAACCCUAUAUUAGGGGAGGUAUUUGGUUGCUACUGGGAUGACUUACCUGGUGGCAACACCUCUUAUUACUUGUCCGAACAAACUUCACAUCAUCCACCUGAAUCAUCCUACUUCUAUAUUGUUCCGGAAAAAAAGAUUACUGCAGAUGGUGUAAUUAUCCCUAGAUCUAAAUUUUUAGGAAAUUCAUCAGCUGCAAUGAUGGAGGGUCUCGCAUGUCUCACGUUAGGAGAAAGGAAUAACGAAAAAUACACUAUGACACAACCAAACAUGUAUUGUAGAGGUAUACUAUUUGGGAAAUUACGCUAUGAAUUGGGUGAUCACAUGAUCAUUAAAUGUGAGGACACUGGUCUUGAAGCUGAUAUUGAAUUCAAAACUAAAGGCUUCAUAGGUGGUAACUAUGACGCUAUUGAGGGUACAAUUUUUAAUUCAAAAACCUCGGAACAAUUAUAUACCAUAUCUGGGAAAUGGAAUGAAGUUAUGGAAAUUGAAGGUAAAGAUACCAAAAAGUCUACUUUUUAUGAUACGUCGAAAGCUGUCAUAUAUAAGCCAAAAGUAAAACUGUUGGAGAAGCAAGACCAUUUUGAAUCUAGAAAGUUAUGGCAUAAGACCAUAACUGCUUUGGAUGAGCGUGACCAUGAAGCUGCUACAGAAGAGAAAUUUAAAGUAGAAGAAGAACAAAGAAUUAGAGCAAAGGAGAGACUCGAAAAAGGCGAGGAGUUCAAACCUAAGCUAUUCAAAGCAUCGGGACAAAAGGCAAUACCCUUCGUUGUUAAGGAAGAUUUUGACCUCGAUGACAGUCCUGAAACAAACACAGAAAAGCUUCUUUCCCUUUUUCCACUCAAGUAACUUCAAUACGGAUUCUGGAUUACCUGGUGCUCUAUUUGACCUUAGACUUGCUUGAUUUUACUUCGUUUUUAUGGAAAGUUUUUUUGUGGCUUAUAGUUGAUUUGACAUUUGUUAAUCUCCUUAAAUUUUUUUACAAUACUAUUCGUCUUCAUUGUGAAAGACUUGU